AUGUCAAAGGAGUUUUCUCACAUAUUUCUCGGUAGAUCCUUCACUCAAGGUUCUAUUAUUGUUGAUGCAAAGAAUGAAGAAAUGUUUGUUUGGAAAUCUGUUGGGAACGAAUCGAUCAUUUCAGCCGUUAAAAAAAGUGAAAUUUCAUCAAUUGAUUGGUUAUACACACCUAGAGGAUACGAGUUGAGACUUUGGAAAGCUGAUGACGAUUUUGUUAGCUACCUAGGAUUCAAAGAAGCCGAUUAUGAACAGUUGGAAUCACAAAUUGUUCAAGUCCAAGUCGAAAGUGAUAUUCCUUUCAACAAGGUAGAAACUUGUAUGAAGGGUGUUAACUGGGGAAAACCUGUCAUUAAAGGUAGUCAUAUGAUGAUGUACUUUGAAGACAAGGAAUUAUUUUCAAUUUCACUUGCUGAUGAUAUUAAAAAUUGCCAAAAGAUACCAAAGAACUCCGAAUUACUUUUGGAAUUUAGAGAUGAUGAACAUACAGAUAAGAAUUCAAUCCAAUUGACAGAAAUUCGUUUUGUUUGUCCUGAAACAUCCGAACCAGCAGAAGAUCAGGAUGAAGAGGAACAAGAAGAAAAGAAUCUAGCAAUCAAAGAUAUGACAGCAGAUGCUUUACAUGAAAAGAUUUCACAAAAAGCUGAUCUUUCUAAAGAUUUGGGAACACCUGUUGCAUCAUUUUCACAAAUGCCAGUUCUCAUUCCUAGAGGUAAAUACAAUGUUGACUUAUUCAAGAGCCAUCUCAGGCUCUAUGGUAGAACCUAUGUACACAAGAUUACAUACAAACAAAUUUCCACACUCUUCCUUCUUCCAAAACCUGGUGACCAACACAUGUACCUUGUCAUUAGUUUAGAUACACCAUUCAGACAAGGACAAAAAUCACACUUCCACAUUGUAUUCCAAAUUGAAAAACACAAAACAUUGGAUGAACCACUUUCUAUUAAAUUAGAAAAGAAUGAAAUGGGAGAUUUGACUCCUAAGAUGAAUGGAAAGAUCUAUGAAGUUUUUGCUAAAGUUUUGAGAUCACUAACUAAGAAGAAACUUAUCGGAUCUGGUAAAUAUGUUACACAUGGAAAUGAUAAGGCAUUGAAAUGUUCACUUAAGGCCAACGAAGGUCAAUUAUUCUUCCUUGAAAAAUCAGUCUUUUUCUUACACAAACCAGUUAUUUAUAUAAGACAUGAUGAAAUCAAAUUAAUCAAAUUCCUUAGAGCUUCUAGUGGUAAUAGAUUCUUUGAUUUGUCAAUUAUUUUGAAGAAUGGCAAGAGUCACACCUUUUUGAAUAUUGAUCAAAAUGAAAGUGAACUAUUGUCAGAAUUCUUAAAGAGUAAGGACCUCAAAACAGAAAAAGAUAUCAGAGAUGAUAAGAUUAAAAUGGAUCAAAUUAUGGGAGAUGAUGAUGAAGAAGAUGAUGAAGACUUUGUUGGCAAAUCUGAUGAAGAAGACGAAGAUGCCAGUGAUGAAGAUGAAGAUGAUUUGGAGUCAGAAACUGCUGCUCUUCUGAAGGAAGCUGGAUUGGAUGCUAAGGAUGAUGGAACUACAAGAAAACGAAAGAAGUCAUCAGGAGAUUCGGAAAAACCAUCUAAAAAGACUAAAUAA